AUGCAAAAAGUGAUUUGGACCUCGAUUGACCGCUAUCGUGUAGAUCUUCGUGACGUUAAAGGCACCGUAGGCGACGUAGCAAAGGAACUGUGCAACAAACCCACGGCAUUCUACUGGCUUCAGUCUGCACAAACAGGUGCGCCCCACGCCCCCGAGAAGACGUGCAUGUCUGGCGGUGUCUUUGCCGCUAUAUACGAGGAAUGGCGUCGAAGCUGUGUUAAGCUGGAUAUUGAGUUUGGCCAUUUCUUCGCUGCGCCCGUGAGGGUUGCGGGGACGGGUCCGGACAGCCUACCGCAGAUCUUGGAGGCGCAUUUGUCGCUUUGUGCGCAAGCACAGCGUGUCUCGUUGGACAUGGAUAACUACCUCGUGCAUCCGCUUCUUCCUGCCGUUAUUCUCAUAUGCGACCGCCGUGACACAACCGCUAGAUGCGGACCAGAUGGCUUCGUUAGUCUACGCGAAGUAGCGAGGACACAGACCGUGCUGGUCAUUCUUACCGGAGGAAAUCGGACCAGCACCGGCAUCCACAUAUCUCUAGAUCCUCUCAAACUCUUCGCUCUGCCCAUCGACAGAGAUGAUGUCACUGGCCUUGAUAUCCUGCGCGUACCCCUUGAUAUCGCCGUCAGAUUUAUCACUGAGUUGGAGGCCAGGAUUGAUGAGCGAGAGGGGAUAAACAGUGCAACUUUAGACAAGAGUCUCUGUCUGCACUAA